GGUCAUCCCCGCAUCCUGCCACCACCUCUGUCACACCUGUGAGGUCAUGAUCAGGACGAGCCAUAAAACCAACCAGAUCCCCCCAGAUCCAUCAUCUCCUGUUAAAUACUUCGAGAUUCGUGCGAUUCCCAACAAAACACGCACGCUCUAUUCUAAGAGUAAUUGCACGGCACCCGUGAUGCUCAACCCAAAGACGAGAGUUCUGCAGCGAGGUCUAGGGGCGCUGCUAUCUGGGACGAGAAGUGCACCCAACAUCGGAGCUUCCCGGCCCAGCCAUCCCGUCCUGGCCCGACAGACGCGCAAUGUGGCCGCGGUCCCCGGCAAGGACCCGAACAACAUGGGCGGGCCCGGCGGCCAGGAACAUCUGCCCGAGAGCAACGCGCUCAGGAGGAGGUACGCCAUGACCACCAUCUGCGGAAUCAUUGCGGCGUCGUCCAUACUCCUGGCUGCGCGGAUGGCCCGGCGGAAUACCGACCCCAACGCGGGUUACGUGCUGGUGCACGACAAUUCCAAGGGGGAGCUCGACGAUGUCAAGUACAUCAAGACGACAGAUCUGCCAAAGUCGUAGCAAGACGGGGGUGUUGGUCAGUCUAUACAAAAAAGGGACAACGCAAGGACGGACGUUUCUGCUGUCGGCCAUGUUGUGAGGAUCUGGAAGGAUUGGAAGUCGCAUUGAGAAUUUGAUGACCACCAUUUGUUGAUACACGAUUUCUAGUAGCCGCACCGGCGUGCUAUUGUUGUUUUGGCUUGGAUAUCCCUGGUGGACAGAUGCGGUUGCGUAACCGUGUCGUCAUUGCUCAUCUACCUAAACUACAAGUUCAUCUGGCUACCCAUCUCGUGUCUCGUUUGCACCGGAUUGUGCAGACCCC